GAUGGGGGUUGGCUCAGUGUGUGUGUGUUGGGGGGCAGGUAGUAGAAGAGAGGGAGGUGACAGCCCUGGGGUGAAAGCCCAGGGGUGACAGCCCUGUUUAAAAAUAGCCAGAGCUUCGCGAACCAGAUGAGCGUCAGCGAACCAGCUGAGCAGCGGGGGACAGCAGAGCAGCACACAGCAGGAGUUUGCCUAGGAGUUCGCCUAGAGUGAGCCCAGUGAGGCUUACAUCUUGUCAACUUCUCUGAGGAAGCUCAUAGUAGGAAGGUGAUAUGGAAGGGGGGGGUUCAGCUGUUGUGACCUGCACUGGAUGUGCCAUGUUUGUCUUUCUUCCACAGGACAGAAGCGACUUUGUCUGUACAAAGUGCAAGCUGGUCUCCAUAUUGGAAGAGAAGAUUGAAGGUCUGGAGCAACAGAUAACGACCCUGCGUUGCAUACGAGAAACGGAGGAUUUUCUGGACAAGUGUCAGGAUAUGCUUCUACGGGCACAAAGCUCUAAAGAUUUAGAGCAGGUUGCACAAUGGAGCCAAGAGGCCAGUGAAGAAGCUUGGCAACAUGUGACCUCCAGAAGCAGAAGGGGGAAUGUCCGGGUUCCAGCAACGCGGACACAGGUAACUAACCGCUUUCAUGUUCUCUCCACAGGUACCAUUGCAGAGAGUGGACCAGAUGAUAUGUCUGGGGGGAGAAAGCAGAAGGAGACUCCGCUGGUUGGAAGGCAUGAGAUGUGCUGUCCUGAGAUGGGGGGUUCCACGACCACCACUCCCAAGAGAAGGAGGUGGGUGGUGGUGGUCGGGGACUCUCUACUCCGGGGGACUGAGUCAUCUAUCUGCCGCCCUGACUGGGAAAACCAAGAAGUCUGCUGCUUGCCGGGGGCUAAGAUUCGCGAUGUGAUGGAGAGACUGCCAAGACUCAUCAAGCCCUCGGAUCGCUACCCCUUCCUGCUUCUCCACGUGGGCACCCAUGAUACUGCCAAGAAUGACCUUGAGCGGAUCACUGUGGACUACGUGGCUCUGGGAAGAAGGAUAAAGGAGUUUGAGGCGCAAGUGGUGUUCUCGUCCAUCCUCCCCGGGGAAGGAAAAGGCCUGGGUAGGGACCGUCGAAUUGUGGAAGUCAACGAAUGGCUACACAGGUGGUGUCGGAGAGAAGGCUUUGGAUUCUUUGACCAUGGGAUGGUGUUCCAUGAAGGAGGAGUGCUAGGCAGAGACGGGCUCCACCUUACGAAGAGAGGGAAGAGCAUCUUUGCGAGCAGGCUGGCUAACCUAGUGAGGAGGGCUUUAAACAAGGUUCACCAGGGGAAGGAGACCAGAGCCCUGAGGCUUUGGUGAGCAGCAGCACCAGGGUUUGGCUGAAGAAGGGUAAUUGGUGAUGUCCAAGCAGGCUCAGCAGGGUGGUAAGUUGCGGCACAUCCCAAUACCCAGCCCAGCAGCAGAGGCAGUUGCCUGGCUGAGUUCUGUACACUUGAGGUAUGGAAUGCCAGUAUUGCAAUGAGCUAGCACCCCGAGUAAUAUUCAUCCGUGAGGUCCUCUCUUCCAUGCAGUGAUAUUCUGUUGCUGAAAGAGCACUGUUACUGUAAACAGAAUACAUUUAAUCCCCCCCCCCCUCCCGGGGAAAACAACCCUAUGUUAAGAGAACGUUAAGGUUGCAGAGUCAAACACUUAAAAAUUUGGAUGUGCCAGUAUUCAGGUUGCCUGUGCAAACUCAGUUCAGCCUCCUUGUGUGAGGAGUAACAUGGGUUAUUACACAGUCUUUAAUUACAUGAUCAUGUGUUAGCUUUUCCCUAGGAACCCUGCUUCGUUCAGCUGACAGUACAGCAAUGCUGAGACUCAGGAGUUCUGGGUUUUAAUCCACAUUCUGGGGGCCACAGACCCUUCUGUGCUGAUCCCCAAAAAGCUCUGACCCUGUCUGCCCUGGCUCCUCUAGCUUAUCCUUGUCAUCCCGGACUCCCCAUGGGCUUCUUGUCCCAGUUCCUCCCCCACCUCAGGGCUCGGAUCCUGACUCUGUGUUCCAGUCAGGUGGCUUCUUCCUUCUUGCUGCAGGGAGAGUAUUGGAGAGCACAGGCGAGACCAAGGAGCCAGCGAGAAUACAUUUUCUGGCUGAGGGGACCCGUAACUGGUAUUGGUAACUUUUCCUGCAUAAAGAAGUCAGUUGCAGAACAGGGGGAAAAGCCUGGGACUUUUAUUUUCCAGUCCUGUUGGCUCUUGGGACAGUGGAGGGCAGUACGGCUUAGGCACCCACUAGCGGCUCCUCCCAGCCAUGGGGUGGAGUCAGGGAAGCCUCUGUUACCCAUCCGUGUCUGGUAGUCUCCUCCAAGUAACAUGGCUAUUGCAAGAGCAGGCUCUCUCUAGCCCUUUCCCUGCCCAGAUGUAAGAGUCCUUCAGCUUUGCCUCCUCUCAUGUGCAGGCCUGGGCCUCGGUAGGAGCUUGGAGCAUGAUAUCUUGGUAUGCGGGACAUGUCUGCGCCAGUUCUCCAAGAUAAAGCCCUUCACUCUACACAAGACCCACCAUGUGCAGGGUGGCAGUGUAUACAGCUGCAAGCUGUGUGCGAGAGCCUUCUCCCACACCAUCCUGCUCUACCACUAUCGAACCCUUCACCAGCUGCAGAGGUGGGACCCCAGCACCUGGGACGGCACCGCUGCCAGCCCAGCCUCACCUGCUGGCCCUGACAUGGCACUAGGCCCAGAGAUCCCAGACACUGAGCCGGGCACAGACGUGCAUUUCAUCCUGACCUCAGAGACUGUCAAGGGGAGAGCGUUUGAUUAUGGCCGGAUGGUCUUAAAGUGCUUGCACUGUGCCCGGAAGUAUUACUCCAAGGAGGAGCUCGUUGGCCACGUGCGUGCUGUGCACCCUGGCACCAAAUGCCUGCCGCUGCCCCAGCUGGCAUUGCAGGGGAUGGAGAGUCAUGAGUGUGGCUGACCACAAGGCAUACGUGAAGUCCGUGAAGUGCAGAAGUGGCUCCCAGAAGCACCAAGCUGAGAGGCCUCUGGAAAGACCCCAUGGGAAGAAGUUUGUUUGCCCAGUUUGCAAGAAGGGCUUUACUAGAAAGCGCAUACUCCAGCUUCACUCCAGCACCCACCAAGCCGGCUGCCACCCUUUCUAUGGCACACAGCGGACAGCCUCCCCUCGGCGACUGCACCAGCGCCAUCAGCGCAGCUUCCAGUCGGCGGUCAGCGCGGUGGCAUGGCUGCACCGGCAGGAGCACCGCCAGGGGACAGUGACCUGCGGCGUCUGCCACUCUGCCUACCGGCACCGCUCCACAAACACAUGAGGGUGCACGAUGCAGAGCGGCCCGAUGGCUGCAGCUUCCCACACUGUGGCUGGAGGUUUAAGAGCAAGGUGCUGCUGAGAGCGCAUCUUCAAGCCCACGUCACUCCAGGGCAGUUUGAAUGCCAUUCCUGUGGCUAUGCCUUCCGCCACAAGCAUCACUUGCAGUGCCACCAAGCCAGAAUGCAUGGUGUUCUCUCCAGCAGCGUGAAGAAACCAGACAGCCCCCCAGUGGAACAGCUCAGGCGCACACAGCAGGGAGACUCGGGAACAGAGCCCAGCGCACACCCACUCAGGAGAGCAGGCUGCGAGCCUCCGAAAUAAAAGAUCCUCCUACAACGUUAGCUGCAGUGUUGGCUUGAGAGGACAGUUUUCCCUGGCCUGGGCAUGAGGCACCAAGUAACUGUUGCUCACAGGGACUGGGUGCAGAAGCAGGGUUGACAAAUGGAGACUCUUUCCAGCUGCAAAUGUUUCAUUGCCCCACGUAUCAUCUCCGUGCCAGAGGCUAUCAAAGAUUAGAAGCCAAAAAAAAUGCACUCGCGAUGAAAUGUUCUCUGAACUCAGGAAGUCCUCCCACGCUGAAAGAGCCCAGCACAAUGCGUGGAGGGAGACAAUGUUAGAGUCCAGAAAAGCACAAAAAAAAUGUGAGGACAGGAAGAACGAGCGAGAGGAAGGUAUGUCAGCAUGAUGAGAGGAGGCAGGAGGCAAUGUUGAGGCUACUGGAGUAUCAAACUGAUAUGCUCCAGUGUCUGGUGGAGCUGCAGGAAAGGCAGCAGGAGCACAGACCGCCGCUGUAGCCCCUGUGUAACCAACCUGCCCCCUUCCCCAAGUUCCAUAGCCUCCUGACCCAGACGCCCAAGAAAGCGGUGGGGGAGCCUCCAGGCACCCAACCACUCCACCCCAGAGGACUGCCCAAGCAACAGAAAGCUGCAUUCAACAAGUUUUGAAGUGCAGUGUAGCCUUGUCCUUCCAACCUUCCCUCCUCCACCACCCCAUCUGGUGCUUCCCUCCUCCUCUACCCCUCCCGGGCUACCUUGGCAGUUAUCAUAGAAUAUCAGGGUUGGAAGGGACCUCAGGAGGUCAUCUAGUCCAACCCCCUGCUCAAAGCAGGACCAAUCCCCAAUUAAAUCAUCCCAGCCAGGGCUUUGUCAAGCCUGUCCUUAAAAACUUCUAAGGAAGGAGAUUCCACCACCUCCCUAGGUAACGCAUUCCACUGUUUCACCACCCUCCUAGUGAAAAAGGUUUUCCUAAUAUCCAACCUAAACCUCCCCCACUGCAACUUGAGACCAUUACUCCUUGUCCUGUCGUCUUCUACCACUGAGAAUAGUCUAGAACCAACCUCUUUGGAACCAUCUGUCAGGUAGUCGAAAGCAGCUAUCAAAUCCCCCCUCAUUCUUCUCUUCUGCAGGCUAAACAAUUGCAGUUACCUCAGCCUCUCCUCAUAAGUCAUG